UUUAUUAAAACACGAUCUCCAGAACUAUCAUUCGAAUUCAAAUCUAUCCUCCAGUCCAGUCGCUGUUAUUACACCAAUCAUUCUAAGUGACCUUAGUAUUGCUGGAGAGUUCGACAGUUAUUGUCUGGCCUAUUAUUUAAAAAGCUUAUCAUUCAAAAAAAUUAGCGCUGGAAAAAUGAGUGAACCAAUAACGGUGGUGGUUACGGGAGCAGCAGGACAAAUUGCUUAUUCUUUAUUGUACCAGCUUGCUGCUGGUAUGGUUUUUGGACCAAAUCAACCAAUUAAUCUUCAUUUACUAGAUAUUCCAGUUAUGAUGAAAGUAUUAGAUGGAGUAGUUAUGGAAUUAGAAGAUUUAGCUCUCCCACUCUUAAAGGCAAUUGUUCCUACAGCUGACCCAGCUGUAGCUUUCAAAGAUGUAGCUGCAGCUUUCCUUGUUGGAUCAAUGCCCCGAAGAGAAGGAAUGGAAAGAAAAGAUCUUUUAGCAGCUAAUGUAGAAAUUUUUAAAGUUCAAGGGGAAGCUCUAAACAAAUAUGCUCGAAAAGAUGUUAAGGUUCUAGUUGUUGGCAAUCCUGCUAAUACAAAUGCUUUGAUUUGCUCUCAUUACGCACCAUCUAUUCCAAAACAAAAUUUUACUGCUAUGACUAGAUUAGAUCAGAAUCGUGCUCAAGCAGCUGUGGCAUCACGAUUGAAUGUACAGGUUGAUAAAGUAAAAAAUGUUAUUAUCUGGGGUAAUCAUAGUUCAACCCAAUAUCCUGAUACUGCUCAUGCUACUGUGACUCUUGAAGGUUCCACUAAAUCAGUGCCUACAGAGAUAAACAAUGAAGACUGGUUGAAUAAUAUCUUUGUGGAGAUAAUUCAAAAGCGUGGUGCAGCUGUAAUAGCUGCUAGAAAAAUGUCAUCUGCUAUGUCAGCAGCUAAAGCAGCUGGAGAUCACAUGAGAGAUUGGUGGGUGGGGACUAAACCAGGUGAAUGGAUUAGCAUGGGUGUGCUAUCAGAUGGCAGUUAUGGAAUUCCAAAGGAUAUUGUGUUCUCUUUCCCAGUUACUGUAGAAAAUGGACAGUACAAAAUUGUUCAAGGACUUUCAAUUAGUAACUUUGCUAGGUCAAAGUUAGAUAUCACAGCCAAGGAAUUAGAAGAAGAACGUGCAGAAGCAAAUAAAGUGCUACACAAAAAUUGACUACGAUCAAUAAAUUCUGGUUCUGGAAGUGACUUACCUGCCCUAGCGAAACUGUAAAAAGUGAAAUAAAAAUUUUUGGUAUUAUAAAUUGUGAUAUGUAAUAUAUAGGCUAUAAUAGCCUUAUGAAACUAAAAAUGACAUUCACAUGGUACAAUCUAUCAGUAAUGUAUAAGAUACAAUAUAUUGGUGGUAUGCAUUGAUGAUACAUGAUGCAAAAUCUAAUGAGAUGUCUAUAUAUCUUUUUUAACUGGUACAGGAAUUGUUAAAUACAUAUGAUUAUAUUCGUAAACUGUAUAAAACAUGUAACAAAUUAUGUUAAAAAAC